AUGGACAGAGAAGAACCAAAUACACAUGACCAGAUCCCAAGACCAAAGCCAAGACGAAACUAUGGCUUUCUAAGGCAAAAAGAUAAAGGUGCCAAGCCACAAUCUGAGUUCAUUAGAAUGAACCAAAGUAACGCAAAUCCCCUAAACUUGCCACCUGGUGCGCUUCCCUUAUAUUCGCUUGAUGAAAUACGUGAACACCGCAAGGUCGAUGACUGCUGAAUGGUAUUUGAAAACAAAGUGUAUGACAUCACACAGUAUAUCCGUUACCACCCUGGAGGGAAUAAAAUAAUGCAAGCUGCAGGAAUGGAUGGGACAAGGCUUUUCAUGGAAUACCAUCCUUGGGUAAACUAUUCCAUUAUACUUGGAAAAUAUCAAAUCGGCUAUUUACUGCGAAAUUAA